UAAUUUAGGAACAGCAUUAUUCUCAUAACACUCAAGCAACAACGUGGCGCGCGAAGAAAGAGACGACUACAGUGAGCACAAUAGUUCUCUAAGCUUCGUAGUACACAUGACGACAUUGGCUGCGUCAUAGAAUAAUAAUCUGCGUAUGCGUUACGUUAUGAUCGCUUGCCACAAACCAUAAGCUGAAGAGAUAGCGGUUAAAAUUAUAAAGGCUUGGUCCAAGUAACAAAGUAAGGGUAAGCGAUUUUAAUUUUAAUAUUACCACUUCAAUAUUUCGUCCAUAAUAUAAAUAUGACACAUAACAAGUCAUUGUCGGAAUCAAAUUUAUUCGAGCAAAAUGAACACACGCCGCCCAAUUUUCUCUACCAACGAAAUAAAAGACCGAGAGAACAUGAUUGUGAAUCUGAAUUAAAAGAGUUUAAGGAGGAAAUGAAAGCAAUGAUAUCAAGUCUAAUGGCAACCCAACGUGAUGACAUCAAAAAGAUUUACCCUACAUUACUCGAAAUUAAAAAUACAAACGAUGAAAUCAAGAGUUCUGUGACAUAUCUUACAGCACAAAACAAAGAACUGGAAAAAGAGAUAGAACAGCUGGAGAUUCAAAAUAGAAAAGACAAAAGCUAUAUAUGUUUAUUGGAAAACAGGGUGGAAAAUCUGCAAAGGGAAAGUUUAAGAUCACACAUAGAAAUAAAAAAUGUCCCGAAAAUUACUAGGGAAAGUAGAGAAGAUUUGCUAAAUAUGAUCACAAAGUUAUCUAACACAAUCAAGUAUGACAUCAAGGAAAAAGAUAUAAAGGACAUAUACAGAGUACGGGAUCAAAAAGACAACACAAGAACUGUUAGUACAUUGGUGGUUGAAUUGGCAUCUACUAUGCAAAAGACUGAUUUACUCAAAUUAAUAAAAACCUACAAUAUUAAAAAUAAAGAAAAAUUAUGCGGGAAACAUCUGGAGUUAAUACAAUAUGAGAAAACGCCGAUUUAUGUAUCUGAAAAACUAACAGCGCUGGGAGCGCGCCUCUACUUCCUUGCUCGAGAUCUCACAAAAUCUAAGGCGUACAAGUUCUGCUGGACAAGCUUCGGAAAGGUCUAUGUAAGAAAGGAUGAGGCCUCACCGAUCAUUCUAAUCAAAAAUGAAUCUCAAGUAAACAGCCUCAUGCAGCAGAUAUGACUAGACGUAAGAUACCAAACUGAUACUUAUCUCGAACUAUCAACAUAUUCUGAUAGCUUAAUAAUUAAUAUUAUAAUAAGUAUUGUUUUUUUCGAAUACUUCUAUAAAUUUAAAAUAAGUAACAAAAUUGUUAAAAAUAGAAAUAUUGUAAAGUGCAUUUACACCCAGACUACAUACAUGAACACAAUCAUAACCAGG